CAGGAUACUGCUGGGAGACAAACCAGUUAGGUCUGCAGGUUUUGCAGAGUGCGCAGUGCGCCGAAACUGCACGAAAAUGGAGGCACUUCAUACGCUCAUCAUUUUGGUGAUUCUUUGGACAGGCACUGAAAGCACCCACCUGACAUGGCAGUUGGACCAGAGCUCUCCGGCACAUACUGUGACCACAUGCACAGGUCAAAACCUGGCACUACACUGUUCCUCCAACACAAUUAUUCGCCUGAGAAACAUGAAAAUGUCAGCCUCUACAGAAUGUCCAAACCACAACUGCCGUGGAUGGUUGUGUAUGGCAAGAUGUUAUGUGUCCCCAGCAUUACAACAAAAAUUGGCUACAAGUUGCUCUGGCAGACAGGCAUGCAACUUGACUAUCACAACCAAUGACAUGCGCAGGGGAUCAACUAACACAAUCAACUACAACCACCUUGAAGUGGGUUAUGAUUGUGAACCCACCAAAACUAUCAGCACACCAAUGUGCAGCAGUAUAAACAUCAACAGCACCCUGCCCAUCAACCUCACCAGCAGUAGAUAUCCAUCACCAUCAGUUCAAGUUCACAACUGCUCCUGUAAGGUUACCCCGCCUGCCAACAGUGUCAUCCUCUUGGAGGCAGUCGAUGUCAGCAUGGGGGGCUCCAUUCACUUCUACUCCAGACACAGGGCAGUGUGCAGAUACCUGGCUAAGCUGACCAUAAAUGAGACUAAAAUAGUUUCAUGGCAUGGCUUGAACUACCUUCAAACCUCCACAUACCAUGCUGCCUGUACUAACCUGACCAAUUACAUAACACAGUUUAGUGAUGCCCAUCAUUUGUCAUUGGAGUAUGACAGUGUACCGAACAGUAAUAGCAGAUUCUGGAUCAAGCUAUCUGCUUAUCAAUGGGUUUCUGGAGAUAAUGAUGAUGAAGACUUUGACAUGCAUGAUGACAAUGACGAGGAUAACGACCAUGAUGAUGAUGAUGAUGAUGAUGAUGACCACGAUGAUGAUGAUGAUGAUGAUGAUGAUGACCAUCAUCGCUCAAGACGUAGUCAUGGUCACCAUGGCAGCCGUGGAAGUCACCAUAAUAUAAUCAAGCGUCGUACCUGGCUAAAUGUACAAUGUCAAGACAACCAUGUGGUCAGUGGAGGGCCUUGGACAGACGCCUGGACAACAACAACAACAUCAGUUCCAACAAGAGGACCAGUCUCCACCAGAGGGCCUAUCCCAACAAGACCAGUCUCCACCAGAAUGCCUAUCCCAACAACACUAGCCCCCACCAGAGGGCCUACCCCAACAACACCAGUCCCCACCAGAGGGCCUAUCCCAACAUCACCAUCCCCCACCAGAGGGCCUAUCCCAACAACACCAGCCUCCACCAGAGGGCCUAUCCCAACAAGACCAGUCCCCACCAGUGGGCCUAUCCUAAUAAAACCAGUCCCCACAAGUGGUCCAGAAAAGCUGCCAAACCCAACCCAAGGCCCUAAGAUCCCACCAAUACCACCAGAGGAGGUUCCUACCAACCCUAAAGUGCAGGUUGCAGGCAAUGAGAAGCAAACAGAUGGGGAGAAGACAAUGAAGGAAACUGAAAAGCUUGAAAGACCAGGGCUGAAACACGAACACAUUCUUAUUUUGGUGGGCGUUUUGGCUGCAGCAUUUCUUGUAAUGAUGGUUGUUGGUGCAUUUUUCUUGUACAGAAACUGCAGAUCCUCCCCAGUUGUAGGUACAAUCAAAUUCAAUGGAGCCUAUGAUAAUGCUAUUUAUCAGAAUGCAGUCAAUGAAAAGCCAGCUAAAGAGAAAGAAACUUUUGCCUAUGACAACGUAGUUUACGCAAUACCCAGUGAGGAAAAAGUAAAGUUGUAAAAGCCAAUGCCAUAUGGAACUUGACCCAAGAAAUCAUAUUCAAGAUUUCAGAAAAACCAUACUGCCAAAAUAAGACAACUAGUACAGUCUCCUUACAAAAUCAACAUUAACUAGACUUAAGGACUAAUAACAGAAAAUUAUGAAUCCAUCAUUUCCAAGUAGAUUAUGAAGUCAUUUUUUUAAUCAUAUGAUAUUACAAAAUUAAUUUUAAAAGUAAAAAGUACUCUUUGAAUGAAAUGUGACAAUACGGACACUUAUUCAUCCAUAAAUGUUUGAUAUUACAAAUUUAAUGUAAAAGUACCCAAUGCAUGUUAUGUAACAAUACAGACAUUUAUUUAUCCAAGAAUGAAAAUUAUAAUAUCCCAGAGGACAUUUAUGUAUUUAUCAAAUCUUUUUUAUCAGGAUGAGGAUGAUCACCUUACUGCACAGUCAUACUGUACUUUUGUAUUUCACUAUCACUUGCAGAUCCAGAAUUUUACUAAUGAGAUGAGGAGUGCUUGCCAUGCUUAAAAAUUUGCUCAGCAAAUAUAUAACAGCAGACAAGGACUAUAUGCAAUAGUCCAGGACAUGGAUGGAAAAGUUUCUCGAUUUUGUUGUUUCUCUUACUAUAAUACCUAUUUUUUUCAGACAGAAUUGUUGAUUAUAUACAGUAGAACAUGGGUGAAAGCUGUAAAAACUGAAAAUCCUGAAUUGCUCAUUGUACUUAGACCAUAUGAUAAAAAAAGAAUCAAAAUGAAGACUGAAAAUCCUGAAAUCAAGCACAUAAAAAUAUGUAAAUCCUGAAAACUUUCACCCAUACAGUAGAAGCAGCUGGACUGCUUUGGUGUAGCACUGUAAUGAACUUGAUUGAGUGGCCCAGUAUAUUGAUGUCUAAAUGUAAUAUUAUGUAUUUUUAUAUAUUUCCAUUUAUAACUAAUAAAAAUGUAAAGAACUCAA